GAAAAGAAACAGAGAGCAAAACAAAACAGAGAAGGGAGAAAGAAAGAAACAGAGAGCAAAACGAAACAGAGAAGGAAGGAAGGAAAGAAAGAAAGAAAAAGAAAAAGAGAAAUUUGGGGUUUUAAGGUUCAGAGUUAAUUUGCUAAUGUCGUGCACGAGUCAUUGUCCGAGAAAGGAAAGGGGAAAGUGGACAAGGAGUGACUCGAGAGAAAUUCCGCUAACAAAGAACCCGAUCCAUCGGCAUCAAAAGGAAAAGGGAAAGCUAUCGAGGACUAAAGCGGGAGAUUUACGGAUUGGAAGAGUUCAGGGAUACUUCGACCUCGAGUCGAUGAGACACUGGGCGUCACUAUAUUUCUUCGGAUGGUUUCGACGAGGUAUUGGGUACCAACUUACUUCGGCUUGGCCGAUGAGACACUGGGUGUCAACUAUUGCUUCGAACUAUCCGAUGAGGCACUGGGUGCCAUUCUGGUGUGUUUGGUUGGAUCCGUGUAUCCGCCAAAGUCCGAGUUUUGUUAAUAGGGUCGAUAGAAGUCAAAGGUCCCGGUUCAGCAUUCAGACUAAUCCCGACUUCAGCAUAACUUUGGUGAUGUAUAUUUUCCUUUGGGUUCUGAAGUUACCCGCCAGAAAGCAGAGGAAAUUUUGAGAAAAGGGAAGAAAAAAUUGACCACAGCAAUGGAGGAAACCAGACCAGUGGAAAAUUAGAGAUUAACACCUAACAUGUUUCAUUUGUUUAUAUUCAAUACCAAAUUUAUGAACAAUAUUUUAAUUUUAUGA